AUGAAAGAAACGGUUGCAACAACUUGUUUGCAAUAUCAUUGCUUAACAUUUUGUGUCUUAGAAAAAUUCCCAUUUGGCCUCGACAAAAACGAUCCGUCUAUUUCACUGUCACCUCGUAGAAUAGACUGGAAGGAAACAACAGACGAACAUGUUAUAACGUUGGACGUGCCGGGGUUAAGAAAAGAUGAGAUAAAGAUAGAAGUAGAAGAGAAUGGAGUGGUGAGAGUAAGUGGUGAAAGGAAGAAAGAAGAAGAAAAAAAAGGUGAUCAUUGGCAUAGAGUUGAAAGAACUUAUGGAAAAUUCUGGAGACAAGUUAGAUUGCCUGAAAAUGUUGAUUUGGAUUCUGUUAAAGCUAAGAUUGAAAAUGGUGUUCUUACUUUAACACUUAAUAAGUUGUCACAUGAUAAGAUGAAAGGUCCUAGAGUUGUUAGCAUUGUUGAGGAGGAUGAGUUAUAGUCAUUGACUGAUUCUGAUCAGUUAGUCAUAAUGAAUAAAAUUGUCUUUUAAUUGUGUGUUUGAUUUACAAAUA